UCAAUUAAUAUCAAUGAGUGAAUAUACAUAGCGCAUUUACAAAAGAGUGCAAUCUGAGGGAUGAAUUAAGCAAAUCGAUUAGGGAGGAAUAAAUGACUGCUGCGACCAGCAGACGUUGUGGAAGUGGCCCUCGCUGGAAAUCAAUGAAUUAGAAAUAUGAAUCUAAUCGCCCAUUGGUGACACGUGGAGUAAAGCUGCAGCCUGAUCUCAGGCCUUUUUCAUAUAAAGAGUCUGAGAAGAACAAAAUGGGACUAUUUGAGUGCUGGCAUGGUGACCAAACACUUAUAUUUAAUUUUGUUUUGUCAAAGUUAUAGGAUGGAAAUUGAAAAAGAUUCUGCACAAGAAAGGAGUUUUUUUAUUGAUAAAGAUGCAUCUGAUUCCCACACUUUUUGCACUAUUUAAGUAUUAUUAUUAUUUUUGAGUUUGCGAGGAUAACUCAUAGUGGCUGGCUUGUUCAUCUCACACAUAUAGUUAGCUUUUUUAUUUAAUGCAAUCUUGUUUUUCUAUAAAAGCAUCACAUUUAAGACCUUGGAUAAUCUAUCCAAGCUUUAAGCACAGGUUUAUAUUUUUGUUUCUAUUUAUUUUAAAUACUUAGCUAUUGGUGAUCAUUUAGAAGUUAAAUAUACAUCCCAUAAAAUAUAUUUAUAAAUAAAAAAUGUAAAAAACAAAAUACACCAGACCCCUGCAGCCGGAGUGAAAGUGGCUCAAAAAUAUAUAACUAAAUAUAGAAAAAAAAACACACUAGACUAUGAGUAACCUCCUGCAGCCAAUCUGUGUGUGACUGUUAGUUGUGUGAUGAGGCGCUUGUCCCUAACCUUCCUUUUUGGCGCUAACAGCCCUGUGUUCAUUUGCUGCCUAAUUGGACUGUAUGAGACCAAUAACAGAGGAGCGCACACAGCCUGCAGCCAGAGGGAGGACUCUCUCUCUCUCUCUCUCUCUCUCCCUCUCUCUCCUCACCGUCUCUCCCUUAAUCCCAUUUGCCAUUGUACAUGCCCAAUCGCCUAUACUUUCCGCAUUUAACUUGGAUGACAUUUUUAUUUCAUCAUUAGCAUCAGACGCCAGACUGACUGACACUGGUGGACAACAGUUUUCUAACGAAAGAGCCCCGGAAUGAGACAUCUCCAUGUUUAUUAUACAUGUUUGUUUUUAUUUUGCCUCGAACAUUUUAUUUUAUUAUUUUUUAUUCUAGCCUAGAAUUAAGGACGCGCGUUUUGACGCGGUGUGAAAUCGAGUCUCAGACGGGAUAACGACACUCUGUAAGUCAGCCGUGCCUUUUUUUUUUCCUCCCUCCUGUUUUAAUUCCUGCUUCCGUGGUCCUCUCCUCUGCGCCCAGACCACAAAACACAGCGAUGCCAGAGACAACGCAAGAGACGUGCGCUUCGGCCAAGGACUCUCCUUUCUUCAUCAAGAACCUGCUGAACUGUGAUAGCAAACCGUCCAAACCCAAGCCAGUGCUGGCUGCCACCAAGGCGGCCUUGGAGGGAGGGUUUUCUCUCUCCCACGUCGGGGACUUCAACUUUCCUCGCUUUGACCUGUCCGCGCAGAGGUUCAGUCUGCCGGCUCACUACCUGGAGCGCUCCUCGGCGUGGUGGUACCCAUACGCACUCAGCUCAUCCGCACACCUACACAGAGCCGAAGUCCUCGACAAACUAGCCAGAGACUCCUCUCCAACCUCGGGCACGGACAGAGACUCGCCGGACCUGGUUCUCAAAUCCGAGCCGGACGCCAAAGAAGACGACGACGAUGAGGACGAGCACAACAACAACAACAACAACAACAACAACAACAACAACAACAGCAACAAAAGUGGCGACGAUGAGAUCAUCCUGGAGGAGAGCGACGCGGAGGAAGCCAACAAGAAAGACGACCUGGAGGAGUGGAAGAAGAGGGACGACGACAAGAAGCAGCAGUGCAGGAAGAAGAAGACGCGCACGGUUUUCUCCCGCAGCCAGGUGUUCCAGCUGGAGUCCACCUUCGACAUGAAGCGCUACCUGAGCAGCUCGGAGCGCGCCGGUCUGGCCGCGUCGCUGCACCUGACGGAGACGCAGGUGAAGAUCUGGUUCCAGAACCGGAGGAACAAGUGGAAGAGGCAGCUGGCCGCGGAGCUGGAGGCCGCCAACCUGAGCCACGCGGCGGCGCAGAGGAUAGUCCGGGUGCCGAUCCUCUACCACGAGAGCUCGGCGUCGGAUGGCGGAGGAGUCGGUGUCGGUGGAAGCGUGCCGGUGAGCCAGCCGCUGCUCACCUUCCCACACCCGGGCGUCUACUACUCACAUCCCAUCGUCACAUCGGUUCCGAUGCUCAGACCGGUUUGAAAAAUAAGAUGGCACACAGAGUGGGGGGGUGUCGAUUUUUCAAAAAUCAUCUGAAAAGUAAAAAAAAAACAAACAUAUUUUUGUACAAACUGACUGAAGAAAAAAAAAAGAAAAGAAAAGAGACACACUGUCAGGCCUAUACAUGGACCUAUUUUGGCAAAUAAGCCUAUUUUGUGUCAUUUUUUCCAAAAAGGGUGCCGUUUACACGUGAUCCGACAAUUCAAAUCCCAUGUUUUAUAUUAUUAUUAUUAUUAUUAUUAUUAUUAUUAUUAUUAUUAUUAUUAUAGGCCUAUGUAAUGAUCACCUCAGGACUCUGCUUACACUGCCUGAUGAGUGUCUUUUUUUUAAUUUUAUUUUUUUUUUAUUGUUUUUACAUCAUAACUGUUUCCAGUCAGGCCAACUCUACAACUACACAUUAUUCUAUUUUUUUAUUUUAUUUUUAUUAUUAUUAUAGGCCUAUGUAUAAUGACCACCUCAGGAGUCCACCUGCUUACACUGCCUGAUGAGUGUCUUUUUUUUUUUAUUGUUUUUACAUCAUAACUGUUUCCAGUCAGGCCAACUCUACAACUGUACACAUUAUUCUAUUUUUUUUUUUUUUAUGUUUUAACCUUGUUUACAAAAAUUGGCGGCCUGAAUGCGCCUGGGCCUGCUUAUCAUCUGACACAAUUAUUUCAUUUUAUUUACAACUCAUUACAUUAUGAUGUGCAAUACACUGACGGUGUGCGCUGUGAAUGGAAAACAUGUUUUUUUUUUUUUUCAUCUUUUCACGUUGGAACAUGGAUGAGGCUUUGUGGUAAUUUCCCUUUUUUUUUAUUAUUAUUAUUUUGCUUCUAAAAAGCGCUUGACGGGGGACAAUCAAAAAACACUGUCAACUGUAAAAUAUUCUGUUUAGUUUUAGUGAUUCUCACUCUUUGCUCACUCAACAUGGACACGUCUUUCAAGCACAAGUGUGAGCUCCCCAUGUCUCCUAAUCUAACUGUGUGUUUUUGGAACAGGAGCAACAAAAAUAUCGACUACACUGGUGUAAAAAAAAAAAAAAAAUAUGUAAAUGUAUAUAUUUAAUGAGGCACUGGGAGAGGAGCUGCCACUUCUCCUUUGUACAGUAAAAACAACGUUUUGAUAUUGUAUUGCUGAACCAUGUUGUGAAAUAAAUGGAGAAUAUUCCUUACAUUUUAGAUUAUGUUUGUAUGACUUCUGUAGAGAAUCUCAGAGGAGGUUAAAUUGAGCCUUUUUUAAUAUUAUAUAAUCAACAUAUAUUAUUUUUUUUCACUACUACAUUCAACAUUUUUCAUAAAAUGUUAUGCACAAAGAGAU